AUGGAUACAAAAUCAUUACAUUUAAGAGCUUUGGAGAAUCUAGAGAAGCAUAAGAAACAAGAUGAAGCGAAACCAUCGUUUCUUAGUAGUCACAAGAGACCGAUCUCGAACAGUCUAGCGUCAAAGCCGAUGUACUUGUCCACUACGAUUGCAAUGCAGAACAAGAAUAAACCAUCGAUCACAAGAAUGGUCUAUGAUAUUGUAAAUCAUCUCAAGUCGUUGGAGGGUAGCUAUAUUACGUUCGAGGAGUUGCGUGACUCCACCGGUCACGAGAUCUACGGAAACCAAGAGUUGAUCGACCAACUCAAAACCAAUAUCAAGGUUGAGUUUCUCAAUGAUACGACGCUCUGCUACAAACCGCUGCACAACGUCAAGGAUGACCGUGGCAUCUUGGAGCUGCUGUCGAAGCAUCCGUACGGCAUCAUGCUGUCCGACUUGAAAGAGUCAUAUCUGGCGGUCGAGCAAGACGUCAAGAAGCUCAAGGACUCCAAAGAGAUCUACGCCGUGCGAAACUCAGAGUCCAACAGCGAGAUGUUGUUCUACAGCGACGAGAAGUACCGUAUUCCUUGCAGCAGCGAUCUUGUUGACCUCUGGAAGUCCGUUGUGAUGCCAAAGGAAGUCGAUCUCGAGCAAACCAUGAAAGAUGCAGGUCUUUCCAUGGUGGAAUCAUCUGAGGCUGCCAAGACUAUCCAAGCUAAAAAGGUUGAAAAGAAAGACAAAAAGAGAAGAAUUACCAAAGUUACAAACUCUCACAUUGCAGACUUUGACCCAAACGCAUGA